ACGCCUCGGCCGGCGGGCCUGACAGUGAUCCGUCCGCAACACGUGUGAAGGAGCGGCACAAAAACACACGUGGGAAAGGUUAUUUUCGGUGCUGCCGGGGGGGAAAUAAUAGGAGGAGCCAAGCUCUGAUACCGUACCCUCCAAACAGUUUUUCCCCUCCGGGUGCUUCAAAAGUUGGAGAUGGACAGCGGUCCUCUGCGGGUUUCCACGGUCCCGACAUCCCCGUACCCCGACCAGAGACCGGGCGCCGACGGCCUGAGGAGAAAAGUGCAUAUCUUCCGGACUCGGAGGAACUAUCUGCACAACUUCAUCCAGAGUAUCUUCUCCUCCAUCGACCUCCGGGACCGCCAGGGUUCCACGGUGGUGGUGGGCGGGGAUGGACGCCACUUCAGCCAGGCGGCCAUCCAGGUCGUCGUGCAGAUGGCCGCCGCCAACGGGGUGGGCCGUCUCAUCGUGGGACACAACGGGUUGAUGUCCCCCGCCGCCGGCUCCUGCGUGAUCAGGAAAUCCAAAGCUAUGGGUGGCAUCCUCCUCAGCGCCGCUCGUCGCCCCGCAGGGCCGGAUGGAGACUUCAGCAUCAAGUUCAACUCUGCAAACGGAGGACCGGCCAGUGAAGCUGUCACCGGCAAGAUCUACCAGGUCAGCAGAACCCUUGAAGAGUUUGCCAUCUGCUCAGGACUCCGGGUGGAUCUAACCACUCUGGGCAAACAGACCUUCGACUUGGAAAACAAGUUCAAACCUUUCACAGUGGAAAUCGUGGACUCUAUUGAGUCCUAUGCAAACCUGAUGAGGAACAUCUUUGACUUUGCCGCCCUGAAGGUGCUUUUGUCAGGCGAGAACCACAUCAAGAUAAGACUGGAUGCCAUGCAUGGAGUGGUGGGUCCUUAUGUGAAGAGGAUACUGUGCGAGGAGCUGGGCUGUCCCGCCAAUUCUGCCAUCAACUGCGUCCCCACGGAGGACUUUGGGGCUCGGCGCCACAACCCUGACCUGGUCUACGUCGCGGAUCUGGUGGACGGCGUGAGAGACGGGGAGUACGACUUUGCAGCAGCUUUUGAUGGAGACGGGGAUCGGAACCUGAUCCUGGGGAGGCACGGCCUCUUUGUCACCCCGUCCGACUCUCUGGCCGUCAUUGCUGACAACAUCUUCUGCAUCCCCUACUUUCAGCACGGCGGAGUUAGGGGUUUCGCCCGCAGCAUGCCCACAAGUGCGGCCUUAGACAGAGUAGCCAAGGCAUCAAAAAUAGAACUGUACGAAACUCCCCCCGGGUGGAAGUUCUUUGGAAGCCUCAUGGAUGCGGGCCGGCUCUCUCUGUGCGGAGAUGAAAGCUUUGGAACAAGUGCGGACCAUGUUCGUGAGAAGGAUGGACUUUGGACCGCGCUCGCCUGGCUGUCCAUCCUGGCUACCAGAAGGCAAAGCCUGGAGGAUGUCCUUAGAGACCACUGGUUCAAAUAUGGGAGAAACUACUUCACCAGAUAUGACUACGAGAACGUGGACGUAGAAACGGCCUGUGAAAUGAUGGAGGACCUGGAGCUCCUGAUUGCAGACAAGUCCUUUGUGAAGCAAAGAUUUGCAGUGGAAGAUAAAAUUUACCAUGUGGAAAAAGCCGACAAUUUUGAAUACACCGACCCUGUCGACAGCAUUAUCACCCGGAGUCAGGGUCUGCGGAUAAUCUUCUCUGACGGUUCCCGGAUCAUCUACAGACUCAGCGGCACGUGCAGCGACGGGGCCACCGUUCACGUCCAUCUUGACAGCUACGAGAAAGACGACAUUUUUCAAGAUGCGCAGGUGGCGUUGGCGCCGUUGGCAACAAUCGCAGUCAAGAUGUCCCAGCUCCAUCGCCGGACCGGCCGAAACGGUCCAUCCGUCAUCACAUGACUCCGCCCGUCACUUACGCCGCAAGAUUGCGAAACUUUGCUCGAUAUAGACUUCCUUUUCUUUUCUGGAGGCAAGCGUGGCGCCCCUGCUUUUCGCCCCGCCGCAGUCCGUCAAGUCGUCAUUUGCAUUCUGUUUUCGUCACGUGAUCAUCCAUUAGAGCUUUAUUCCGGGGGAAAUUAAAAAGGCAUCCGCCAGUGACGAAAAAAUGGAGCGGAAUUAGUGGGCGCUGGAGGAUAAAAAAAAAAAAAAGCCAGCUUGAUGGUGCGCAUAAAAACACUUUAUUAGGGGAAGGAUUGCAAACAAUUACACAUUUGAAUAUUUGCACACAACAAUAACCCGCUUUUACAAACCCCGUUUCCAUUUGAGUUGGGAAAUGGUGUUAGAUGUAAAUAUAAACAGAAUACAAUGAUUUGCAAAUAAUUUUCAACCCAUAUUCAGUUGAAUAUGCUACAAAGACAACAUAUUUGAUGUUCAAACUCAUAAACUUUAACUUUGAAUUAACUUAGAAUUCCAUGGCUGCAACACGUGCCAAAGUAGUUGGGAAAGGGCAUGUUCACCACUGUGUUACAUCACCUUUUCUUUUAACAACACUCAAACGUUUGGGAACUGAGGAAACUAAUUGUUGAAGCUUUGAAAGUGGAAUUCUUUCCCAUUCUUGUUUUAUGUAGAGCAUGGGUGUCAAACUCUGGCCCGCGGGCCAAAUCUGGCCCGCCGUGUAAUCUAAUUUGGUCCUUGAGGUAAUAUAAAUUAGCAUUAGAGUGUUAUACAGCGUCGGUGCCGCAGUAAUACCGCAUACUUGCCAACCCUCCUAAUUUUCCCGGUAGACUCCCCAAGUUCAGCGCCCCUCCCGAAAAUCUCCCGGAGCAACCAUUCUCCCCGAAUUUCUACCGAUUUCUAUAACUAUAUUGGGGGCACUGCCUUUAGCGUUCUCUACAACCUGUCGUCACGUCCGCUUUUCCUCCGUACUAACAGCGUGUCACAUAAUAUUUGUGGCUUUUACACACACACACACACAAGUGAAUGCAAGGCAUACUUGAGCCAUACAGGUCACACUGAGGGUGGCCGUAUAAACAACUUUAGCACUGUUAAAAAAUAUGCGCCACACUGUGAACCCACACCAAACAAGAAUGACAAAACACAUUGCGGCUGAACAUCCGCACCGUAACACAACAGGACAAAUACCCAGAACCCCUUGCAGCACUAACUCUUCCGGGAAACUUCCAGCAAACUGAGCAAUAAUUAACGUUUUAUUCAUGCAUUUUUCUCUUGCUUCUUCAAGGCUUGAAUGUUUGGUUCAUGCAUUAUUUUUAUUUUAUUUUCAAAUUUAUUAUUAGCUUGUGGAAAAAAAAAUGAUAUUUACCUCAGAAGAUUGCAAAUAGAAAAAAAGGCAUUACAUUUUUAUUUAAAUUUUAUUUGAUAUGCCAUUGAUAUUUUUUUAAUUAUUACUAUUAUUAUUUGGAACUGCAUGUCACUAAAGUUAUAUAAGCCUUGCUUGUUCAAUAUUUAAUGCAAAACUUGUUUGGGUCCCUAUUUAAAGGUUCAUUUGUUCCACCUCGGCCCACGGCUUUGUUCCGUUAAAAAUUUUGGCCCACUCUGUAUUUGAGUUUGACACCCCUGGUCUACUGUAAAGCAAUUUGUCUGCCUUAAACAGCAAUGUUGUGACACUCUUAAACAGGACAAUACUGCCAUCUACUCAACAUGCAUAUGAUAGGAAAAACAAUGAUGGACAAUUCAACCCUUAACUCAACAAUGAGUAGAUGAGUGUUAUGUGUGUGUAAAUGUGUAAAUAAAUGAACACUGAAAUUCAAGUAUUUUUUUCAUUUAUAUAUAUAUGUGUAUAUAUAUAUAAAUUUUGGCCCACUCUGUAUUUGAGCUUGUUUUAUGUAGAGCUUCAGUCGUUCAACAGUCCGGGGUCUCCGCUGUCGUAUUUUCCGAUUCAUAAUGCGCCACACAUUUUCCAUGGGAGACAGGUCUGGACUGCAGGCGGGCCAAGAAAGUACUUGCACUCUUUUUUUUACGAAGCCACGCUGUUGUAACACCUGCUGAAUGUGGCUCGGCAUUGUCUUGCUGAAAUAAGCAGGGGCGUCCAUGAAAAAGACGGCAGUAUAUGUUGUUCCAAAACCUGUAUGUACCUUUCAGCAUUAAUGGUGCCUUCACAGAUGUGUAAGUUACCCAUGCCUUGGGCACUAAUGCACCCCCAUACCAUCACACAUGCUGGCUUUUACACUUUGCGUCGAUAACAGUCUGGAUGGUUCGCUUCCCCUUUGGUCCGGAUGACACGAUGUUGAAUAUUUCCAAAAACAAUUUGAAAUGUGGACUCGUCAGACCGCAGAACACUUUUCCACUUUGCAUCAGUCCAUAUUAGAUGAUCUCGGGCCCAGAGAAGCCGGCGGCGUUUCUGGAUGUUGUUGAUAAAUGGCUUUCGCUUUGCAUAGUAGAGCUUUAACUUGCACUUACAGAUGUAGCGACCGACUAUAUUUAAUGACAGUGGUUUUCUGAAGUGUUCCUGAGCCCAUGUGGUGAUAUCCUUUAGAAAUUGAUGUCAGUUUUUGAUACAGAUGGAAGGUCACGGUCAUUCAAUGUUGGUUUCCGGCCAUGCCGCUUACUUGGAGUGAUUUCUCCAGAUUCUCUGAACCUUUUGAUGAUAUUAUGGAGCGUAGAUGUUGAAAUCCCUAAAUUUCUUGCAAUGUCACUUUGAGAAAGGUUGUUCUUAAACUGUUUGACUAUUUGCUCACGCAGUUGUGGACAAAGGGGUGUACCUCGCCCCAUCCUUUCUUGUGAAAGACUGAGCAUUUUUUGGGGGGAAGCUGUUUUUAUAGCCAAUCAUGGCACCCACCUGUUCCCAAUUAGCCUGCACACCUGUGGGAUGUUCCAAAUAAGUGUUUGAUGAGCAUUCCUCAACUUUAUCAGUAUUUAUUGCCACCUUUCCCAACUUCUUUGUCACGUGUUGCUGGCAUCAAAUUCUAAAGUUAAUGAUUAUUAUCAGUUUGAACAUGAAAUAUGUUGUCUUUGUAGCAUAUUCAACUGAAUAUGGCUUGAAAAGGAUUUGCAAAUCAUUGUAUUCUGUUUAUAUUUACAUCAAACACCAUCUCCUGACUCAUUUGGAAACGGGGUAUGUACUUCCGUACUUUACGGCCAAAGUCUAGUGCUGCUGGUGUGAUAGUGGGUUUGUACCUGCAUGCCUACGCAAACCUUUGAUCUUCAGCUCUGUGAUCAGUCAUGCACUCUGAGGACGUUUCACCCUCUGCUUCUACGAACCUUCGGCGAUAAAGAUGAGAGAAAAACCCAACAUGAAAGGUGACGGUCAAGAAAAACAGCGAGAGAUGAUAAUUGGGAUGCAACGUCCAGGACUCACGGAUUAGUGGUAACAGACCGUCUUUGAUGUUUGUGGCGUCUUUUUACAUUCCGUAAACCUAAAGCGUUACCAGAUUUUUUUUCGGAUUCCGUCUAAAUCAGAUCUGGUCAAAUUAAGGCCCGGUGGCCACAUGCGGCCCGUUGAGUUUUUCAAUCUGGCCCGCCGGACAUUCCCAAAAAUGUUUUCACAUUAUCACAAUUUCAAAAGGGUUAAAAACAAUAAAAAUCAGUUCCCAGUGGCUUGUUGUAUUUUUUGAAGUUUUUUUCAAAAUUUUACCGGUCUCCAAAUAUCCCUAAAAAAAAGCUGUAAAGUGCUUGAUUUUCGCUAUUUGCGAAGCGACUAUCCAUUUCCCUGUGACGUCACACAGUGCUGCUAAUGUAAACAAACAAUGGGAAUACCACAGCAAGAUAUAGCGACAUUAGCUCGGAUUCAGACUCGAAUUUCAGCGAUUCAACAGAUUACGCACGUAUUUAAACAGAUGGUCGGAGUAUGAAAGUAUUGAAGAAGAAACUGAAGCUAUUGACGCUAUUCAUAGCCAUAGCAUCGCCGGUAAAAUGUGCGGACCAAACGAUCAGGACUUUCGCAUCUUUUGACACUGGAGCAACUUAAAUCCGUCGAUUGGUAAGUGUUUGUUUCGCAUUACAUAUGGGUGGAAGGAAACGUGAUAUAGUUGCAAAUGCAUCUGCAGGUUAUCCAUACAUCUCUGUGCCAUGUCUGCUUUAGCACCGCCGGUAAAUAGCAUGUUAGCGUGGAUUAGCGUAGCAUGUUAGCAUCGAUUAUCUGGCAGUCAACAUCAACAAAACUCACCUUUGUGAUUUCUGUGACUUUAUCGUUGCAAAUGCAUCUGCAGGUUAUCCAUACAUCUCUGUGCCAUGUCUGCUUUAGCACCGCCGGUAAAUAGCAUGUUAGCGUCGAUUAGCGUAGCAUGUUAGCAUCGAUUAGCUGGCAGUCACGCUGCGACCAAAUAUGUCUGAUUAGCACAUAAGUCAACAUCAACAAAACUCACCUUUGUGAUUUCGUUGACUUUAUAGUUGCAAAUGCAUCUGCAGGUUAUCCAUACAUCUCUGUGCCAUGUCUACUUUAGCACCGCCGGUAAAUAGCAUGUUAGCGUGGAUUAGCGUAGCAUGUUAGCAUCGAUUAUCUGGCAGUCAACAUCAACAAAACUCACCUUUGUGAUUUCUGUGACUUUAUCGUUGCAAAUGCAUCUGCAGGUUAUCCAUACAUCUCUGUGCCAUGUCUGCUUUAGCACCGCCGGUAAAUAGCAUGUUAGCGUGGAUUAGCGUAGCAUGUUAGCAUCGAUUAGCUGGCAGUCACGCUGCGACCAAAUAUGUCUGAUUAGCACAUAAGUCAACAUCAACAAAACUCACCUUUGUGAUUUCGUUGACUUUAUGGUUGCAAAUGCAUCUGCAGGUUAUCCAUACUACUCUGUGCCAUGUCUGUCAUCGCCGGUAAAAUGUGGAGACACUCUGGCACAUUCAAUGGGGGUCUGGCGGCAGACACUCUGGCAUCUUGGGGCCAGUGGUGCAACUUGAAUCCCUCCCUGUUAGUGUUGUUACACCCUCCGACAACACACCCACCAGGCAUGAUGUCUCCAAGGUUCCAAAAAAUAGUCGAAAAAACGGAAAAUAACAGAGCUGAGACCCAAUGUUUACAAUGUGUUGAAAAUGAAAAUGGUGGGUGUGUUACCUCGGCGACGUCACAUUCUGACGUCAUCGCCUCCAGAGCGAUAAACAGAAAGGCGUUUAAUUCGCCAAAAUUCACCCAUUUAGAGUUCGGAAAUCGGUUAAAAAACUAUAUGGUCUUUUUUCUGCACCAUCAAGGUAUAUAUUGACGCUUACAUAGGUCUGCUGAUAAUGUUCCCCUUUAAGGUGGGAAGUGUUGCUGCCAUUAUGAUGUGCAGUGAUGUUUUCUAAUGACCGUAAUAAGUCUUCAACUAUACAAAGUAUUUCAAUGGUCGGAAUCUGCGUUAAUGGAUGAUAUACCAGUUGCUAUGGUAAUCUAAUUAGUUACUAUGGUCAUCUACCGGAGGGUGUGUUCCAACUAUCGUGGGAUCACACUCCUCAGCCUUCCCGGUAAGGUUUAUUCAGGUGUACUGGAGAGGAGGCUUCGCCGGAUAGUCGGACCUCGGAUUCAGGAGGAACAGUGUGGUUUUCGUCCUGGUCGUGGAACUGUGGACCAGCUCUAUACUCUGGGCAGGGUUCUUGAGGGUGCAUGGGAGUUUGCCCAACCAGUCUACAUGUGCUUUGUGGACUUGGAGAAGGCAUUGGACCGUGUCCCUCGGGAAGUCCUGUGGGGAGUGCUCAGAGAGUAUGGGGUAUCGGACUGUCUUAUUGUGGCGGUCCGCUCCCUGUAUGAUCAGUGCCAGAGCUUGGUCCGCAUUGCCGGCAGUAAGUCGGACAUGUUUCCAGUAAGGGGUUGGACUUGGAGAAGGCAUUGGACCGUGUGCCUCGGAAGUCCUGUGGGGAGUACUCAGAGAGUAUGGAGUAUUGGACUGUCGAUCGUGUCAGAGCUUGGUCCGCAUUGACGGCAGUAAGUCGGACAUGUUUCCAGUAAGGGGUUGGACUUGGAGAAGGCAUUGGACCGUGUCCCUCGGGAAGUCCUGUGGGGAGUACUCAGAGAGUAUGGAGUAUUGGACUGUCGAUCGUGUCAGAGCUUGGUCCGCAUUGACGGCAGUAAGUCGGACAUGUUUCCAGUAAGGGGUUGGACUUGGAGAAGCAUUGGACCGUGUUCCUCGGGAAGUCCUGUGGGGAGUGCUCAGAGAGUAUGGGGUAUCGGACUGUCUUAUUGUGGCGGUCCGAUCCCUGUAUGAUCAGUGCCAGAGCUUGGUCCGCAUUGCCGGCAGUAAGUCGGACAUGUUUCCAGUAAGGGGUUGGACUUGGAGAAGGCAUUGGACCGUGUCCCUCGGGAAGUCCUGUGGGGAGUACUCAGAGAGUAUGGAGUAUUGGACUGUCGAUCGUGUCAGAGCUUGGUCCGCAUUGACGGCAGUAAGUCGGACAUGUUUCCAGUAAGGGGUUGGACUUGGAGAAGGCAUUGGACCGUGUUCCUCGGGAAGUCCUGUGGGGAGUGCUCAGAGAGUAUGGGGUAUCGGACUGUCUUAUUGUGGCGGUCCACUCCCUGUAUGAUCAGUGCCAGAGCUUGGUCCGCAUUGCCGGCAGUAAGUCGGACAUGUUUCCAGUAAGGGGUUGGACUUGGAGAAGGCAUUGGACCGUGUCCCUCGGGAAGUCCUGUGGGGAGUACUCAGAGAGUAUGGAGUAUUGGACUGUCGAUCGUGUCAGAGCUUGGUCCGCAUUGACGGCAGUAAGUCGGACAUGUUUCCAGUAAGGGGUUGGACUUGGAGAAGGCAUUGGACCGUGUCCCUCGGGAAGUCCUGUGGGGAGUACUCAGAGAGUAUGGAGUAUUGGACUGUCGAUCGUGUCAGAGCUUGGUCCGCAUUGACGGCAGUAAGUCGGACAUGUUUCCAGUAAGGGGUUGGACUUGGAGAAGGCAUUGGACCGUGUCCCUCGGGAAGUCCUGUGGGGAGUACUCAGAGAGUAUGGAGUAUUGGACUGUCGAUCGUGUCAGAGCUUGGUCCGCAUUGACGGCAGUAAGUCGGACAUGUUUCCAGUAAGGGGUUGGACUUGGAGAAGGCAUUGGACCGUGUCCCUCGGGAAGUCCUGUGGGGAGUGCUCAGAGAGUAUGGGGUAUUGGACUCUCUGAUUGUGGCGGUCCGCUCCCUGUACAAUCGUGUCAGAGCUUGGUCCGCAUUGCCGGCAGUAAGUCGGACAUGUUUCCAGUAAGGGGUUGGACUUGGAGAAGGCAUUGGACCGUGUCCCUCGGGAAGUCCUGUGGGGAGUGCUCAGAGAGUAUGGAGUAUUGGAUUGUCGAUCGUGUCAGAGCUUGGUCCGCAUUGACGGCAGUAAGUCGGACAUGUUUCCAGUAAGGGGUUGGACUUGGAGAAGGCAUUGGACCGUGUCCCUCGGGAAGUCCUGUGGGGAGUGCUCAGAGAGUAUGGAGUAUUGGACUGUCGAUCGUGUCAGAGCUUGGUCCGCAUUGCCGGCAGUAAGUCGGACAUGUUUCCAGUGAGGGUUGGACUCCGCCAAGGCUGUCCUUUGUCACCGAUUCUGUUCAUAACUUUUAUGGACAGAAUUUCUAGGCGCAGUCAAGGCGUUGAGGGGUUCCGGUUUGGUGGCUGCGGGAUUAGGUCUCUGCUUUUUGCAGAUGAUGUGGUUCUGAUGGCUUCAUCUGACCGGGAUCUUCAGCUCUCGCUGGAUCGGUUCGCAGCCGAGUGUGAAGCGACCGGAAUGAGAAUCAGCACCUCCUUGUCCGAGUCCAUGGUUCUCGCCCGGAAAAGGGUGGAAUGCCAUCUCCGGGUUGGGGAGGAGACCCUGCCCCAAGUGGAGGAGUUCAAGUACCUCGGAGUCUUGUUCACGAGUGGGGGAAGAGUGGAUCGUGAGAUCGACAGGCGGAUCGGUGCGGCGUCUUCAGUAAUGCGGACGUUGUACCGAUCCGUUGUGGGGAAGAAGGAGCUGAGCCGGAAGGCAAAGCUCACAAUUUACCGGUCGAUCUACGUUCCCAUCCUCACCUAUGGUCAUGAGCUUUGGGUCAUGACCGAAAGGAUAAGAUCACGGGUACAAGCGGCCCAAAUGAGUUUGGGUCUCUCCCUUAGAGAUAGGGUGAGAAGCUCUGCCAUCCGACAGGAACUUAAAGUAAAGCCGCUGCUCCUCCACAUGGAGAGGAGCCAGAUGAGGUGGUUCGGGCAUCUGGUCAGGAUGCCACCCGAACGCCUCCCUAGGGAGGUGUUUAGGUUCACGUCCAACGGGUAGGAGGCCACCGAGAAGACCCAGGACACGUUGGGAAGACUAUGUCUCCCGGCUGGCCUCGGGAUCCCCUGGGAAGAGCUGGACAAAGUGGCCGGGGAGAGGAAAGUCCGGGCUUCCCUGCUUCGGCUGCUGCCCCCACAACCCGACCUCGGAUAAGUGGAAGAAGAUGGAUGGAUGGAUGGAAGAGUCAAAGAAUUAAACAGAGACAGAAUUCAAUUUGGCUCAAUUUGAGGAGAAACAUCUGGUCUUGUGCAGUCUCCAGCACGCUUUGGCGAAAUAUUGUACGCCUCCUCCUUUAUUUGGACUUUCCCUGACCACAUUUCAACAGCGGCUUCCAAAGGGACGGGGUCGUAAACACUUCACAGAAAAGGUCGUAAAACAGUUCCAAGAAGGAGUUCGUAUAGCACUUCAAAAAGAGGUCGUCUGGAACUCGGGCAGAUCCAGCCUUCUCUCAGCUUUGUACAAACCCCGUUUCCAUAUGAGUUGGGAAAUUGUGUUGGAUGUAAAUAUAAACGGAAUACAAUGAUUUGCAAAUCCAAAGCUUAAGUUGUUCAACAGUCCUGGGUCUCCGUUGUGGUAUUUUAGGCUUCAUAAUGCGCCAAACAUUUUCAAUGGGAGACAGGUCUGGACUACAGGCAGGCCCGUCUAGUACCCGCAAUAUUUUACCACGAAGCCACACUGUUGUAACAAGUGACUUGGUAUUGUCUUGCUGAAAUAAGCAGGGGCGUCCAUUAUAACGUUGCUUGGAUGGCAAUAUAUGUUGCUCCAAAACCUGUAUGUACCUUUCAGCCUUAAUGGUGCCUUCACAGAUGUGUAAGUUACCCAUGCCUUGGGCACUAAUGCACCCCCAUACCAUCACACAUGCUGGCUUUUACACUUUGCGUCGACAACAGUCUGGAUGGUUUGUUUCCCCUUUGGUCCGGAUCACACGAUGUCGAAUAUUUCCAAAAACAAUUUGAAAUGUGGAAUCGUCAGACCACAGAACACUUUUCCACUUUGCAUCAGUCCAUCUUAGAUGAUCUCGGGCCCAAGAGAAGCCGGCAGCGUUUCUGGAUGUUGUUGAUAAAUGGCUUUCGCUUUGCAUAGUAGAGCUUUAACUUGCACUUACAGAUGUAGCCACCAACUGUAGUUACUGACAGUGGUUUUAUGAAGUGUUCCUGAGCCCAUGUGGUGAUAUCCUUUAGAGAUUGAGAUCUUGGGUUAAAACAAUAUAUUUGGAGUUUUACCAGCCUUUUUCUUGGUAGGUUCAAAGACAGCUUUAGGUCUUCUCACCGGGAACUCAUUUUAACACAAAGUUUUUGUGAUAACUUUGAUACAAUGAUUUUAACAAGAAGCUCCUCCCUUCAAUCGUUGCAACUAAUGACAAUAGUUUUUAAAUUUAUGUUUGUUAUUCAAUAAAAAAAAACAUUGAAAAAACAUUCCAA